AUGGCCACCAGACCUCCCGCGCUCGAUGUCUCCCCCACGCACCUCGUCGCGACGCUCUUCUACAAGUCUGACUCUCCACACUUCUUCCAGCACGCCGACCUAUCACCGCGAAGUCCCAAUGACCAGCUCCCCUCGGCGUCACUCGAAGCGCUCAAGGAUGGCGCCGCACCCACCGAAAACCUCGCCGACUACCCUCUUGAGCCACCCACGCCCGGCCCCAGCGCGCUCGACAACCUCUACGGAAGCUAUCUCAGCCAGAGCUGUCUGACAGAUUUCUUCGUCACGCUCACAAAUAUACUUCCCGGCCUCGAGCAGAGCACGAUAACGAGUCGGAAGCUGGAGGCUGCCAAGCUCUGUCGCGUGGUUGAAGUCACCUUCCCACUACCCAGCGCGUCACCCAUUGCGCUCGAGACACUGCGGCGGGAUGAGGCUGUGUCACGCUUUGAGCGCGAGUGGAAUGUCGAGUGCGUUUUCCAGGCAGACAACAUAUACAGGCGGUACAAGAGACUUGCCGUGUUCGACAUGGACAGCACUCUGAUACAGCAAGAGGUCAUUGACGAGAUCGCAUCGCUGAUUGGCGUCGAGAAGGAGGUUUCGGCAAUCACCGCAGCGGCAAUGAACGGUGAACUGGACUUCGAAGCGAGUCUGAGGGCAAGAUGCAAGCUACUAAAGGGCGUACCGAGCACAGUAUUCGAGACACUGAGGCCACGAAUAACACUCAACGAGGGCGUCAAGGAACUCAUCACCGGCCUGAAGAAACUGGGCUUCAAGACCGCAGUCCUGAGCGGCGGCUUCACACCACUAACCUCCUGGAUGGGCCAACAACUCGGCCUCGACUACGCCUUCGCAAACCACCUCGUCGUCUCCGAAGACGGCAAGACGCUGACCGGCGAGCUGACUGGCGAAAUCGUCCACGCGCAAAAGAAGCGCCAACAUGUUCUCGAAAUCGCGGAGAAAGAAGGUAUAUUACUAGACCAAGUCAUCGCAAUCGGUGACGGCGCAAACGACCUUCCCAUGAUGGGCGUCGCUGGCCUCGGCGUCGCAUUCCACGCGAAGCCAAACGUCCAGAUGCAAGCGCCGGCGCGACUGAACUCGAAGAGCAUGCAGGACGUGCUCUAUUUGUUCGGCAUCACCAAGGAGGAACAGCAGGUACUCCUGCAAUAG